AAAUCUGUAUUUUACAUUGUUAUAUCAAGAUAUAUAUGUAUAUAAUAUUGUAAUGGCGGAACAGUUAAAAAAUUCAUUAUUGGAAUUGUCAAGUCAAAGUCGUUCACAGAAAGAUACAAUAGAAAAAUACAAAUCGCAUCUCAUUGGCAUAUUAAAGCAAAAUGAUCCACUGUUAACUGAACUUUUGCAAGUGUUUAUAUCAACAGUUCUUCAAGAGAAUGUUAGCGUGGUUGUUUCAAGACAACUUAUAUCAGAUAUAGCAUCAGCUCUAGCACAGUUUAAUUCAAUAACGUCCAAAAAUAUUGCACACUUUACUUUAAAUAACCUUCAAUCAAGAGCAAUUUCAUUUGAAGAACAGGUUGUAUCGAUACGACAACAUUUAGCAAGUGUUUAUGAAGCUGAACAAGAAUGGCGUUCUGCUGCUGAUGCACUUGUUGGAAUACCUCUUGAAACAGGACAAAAGCAAUACAGCAACGAAAUGAAACUUGAAAUUUAUCUGAAAAUUGCACAAUUAUAUUUGGAAGACGAAGAUCCAGUGCAGGCUGAAGUUUACAUAAAUAGAGCGUCUUUGUUACACAAAUCAGAUAAUCAAGCUAAUAAACUAUCUGUUCUUUAUAAGGUAUGUUAUGCACGUGUGUUGGAUUACAGAAGAAAGUUUAUCGAGGCCGCACAAAAAUAUAAUGAGUUAUCAUACUACACCCAUGUCCAUGAUACUGAACGAAUGGAAGCUCUCAAGCACGCGUUCAUUUGCACGAUACUUGCUUCAGCAGGGAGGCAAAGGUCUCGCAUGCUCGCCACACUGUUCAAAGAUGAACGUUGUCAACAGCUACCUACUCAUGAAAUUCUAGAAAAAAUGUAUUUAGAUCGAAUAAUAAGAGGCCCGCAGCUGAAAGAGUUUUCGGAGUUAUUGGCGCCUCAUCAAAAAGCCACCACUACGGACGGUUCUAGUAUAUUGGAUCGAGCUGUUGUUGAACAUAACCUACUAGCAGUCAGCAAAUUAUACAAAAACAUAUCGUUUGAACAACUCGGUAUACUGUUGGACAUUCCUCCCGUUAAGGCAGAGAAAAUAGCGUCUCAAAUGAUAUCAAAUGGAACAAUGAACGGAUUUAUCGAUCAAAUUGAUGGUUUCGUCCAUUUUGAAGGCCAAGACGUGUUAGCUACAUUCGAUGAACAAAUUCAAGGCGUUUGUUUGCAAGUGAAUGACAUCAUUGAGAAAAUUCAAACACACGUUCCGGAAUGGCAACCUGCACAGACUGAUAAAAAUGCUGUUGUUAUGGAUACCAGUUGACGCUGUUCCUAUGGAUACCACCUUAAAUUUAGCUUUGUUACCAGAUUUUUUACUUAGAUUAAAAUACUUGACAUCAUGUGUCCCAUGUUUUUUAACAAGUAAUCACGUGCUUCUGUUUCCACACAGUCGGAAAAAAUUAACGCUUGAAUUUGUAAAUAUGUUACUUUCAAGAUAUUUAGUUCAGUUC